UUCUCAUUUCCUAUCUCACACUUAUCUGUCAGCUCCAGUUUCAAUGGGAGAAAAGAAAGAGAAAGAGAAAGAGAAAGAAAAAAAGAACAGUAAGAAGCAAAAACACCAACACCCAAAUGAACAAACCCCAAAAUCCUCUUCAGAUUUCACCUUUAAACCCAUCUCCGAUGUAAAAGGUCUCCGAUUCGGCGGUCAAUUCAUCGUUAAAUCCUUCACAAUCCGCCGUGCACGGCCGUUAGAACUCUUAAAACUCCUCUCUCUUCAACCAACAACCAAAAAUUUCACUUCAACCACAGCAUUUUUACCUACAAAUUUCACAAUCUUAGCACAUCACGCAUGGCAUACACUCACAUUAGGCCUCGGUACGAAGAAAUCGAAAGUGGUUUUAUUCGUUUUUGAGUCGGAAAACAUGAAAAUUGGUAUAGACCGUGUUUGGCCAAUGGAAAUUCCGUUAGGGGAAGUGAAUAAGAAGUUGAUUAGAGGGUUAAAUGGUUGUGAAAUGGCGAGGUUUAAGUUCAGAAAAGGGUGUAUUACUUUCUAUGUUUAUGCUGUUAGAAGAGUUGGAAAUUUAGGGUUUAAUUGUGCUGAGGAUCUGAGAUUGAUUUUGCAAUCAGUGGUAGAACUUAAAGAUUUCUUUGAUCAUACUGCUAUGUUAGCUAUGCCAAAUCAGAGAAGCAUCAAUUAUACAGCUGAAGUUCAACAAAUGGGAAUGGCUCAUUAGCCCAAGUCUGUUCUCACCAUCAUUUCUUAAUUUUUUUUUUUUUCAUCUUUUUUAUAAUUUUGGUGUUUUCAAUUUGUGUAUAUUUUGGUUAUUUCAUUCUCAACUAUUUUAAUGAGUGUUUGUUACCUUUCAUUAGCACAUAUAUCGAUUUAUCAUUCUCAACUAUUAUGAUUCCUUCUAUUUGUUACCUAGAGCUACG